AUGAGUUCUAUUAAGUUAUAUGUCGGUCAUUUACCUGAUGGUGUUACUCAAGAAGAAAUGAACGAUGCAUUUUCAAAAUAUGGAUCAAUUGAAACAAUUGAUAUAAAGUCACACUUUGGUUUUGUUACAUUCACAAAUGCUGAAGAUGGUAAAAAAAUAAUUGAUGAUAAAAUUGAUAUUACAAUAAAAGGAAGACACGUUUCUGUUGAACAGGCUCGAGGAGAUAGAUCUCGUGAAAAUGAUGUUUGCUAUCUUUGUGGUAAAACUGGACAUUGGGCACGUGAUUGUAAGGAAAAACGUUAUAGAAGAAGAAAUAGAUCUUCUUCUCGAAGAAGACGUUAUAGUAGAAGGUAUAGUUCUCGAUCACGUUCUCGCUCUCCUUAUUCAAGAAGACAUUCAAGGUCAUCAAGUAGACGUCAUAGACAUUCAUCAUCUCGUUCAGACUCAAGGUCACGUUCUCGUUCUCCUUAUUCAAGACAUUCUCAAAGAUAUUCUAGACAUCGCCAUCGUUCAGAUUCUAGUUCUUCUUUUUCUAGAAGUUCACCUUCUCCAAAACGUGACUCAAGCAAAAGGGAGAAUAGAUCAAUUAAAAAUGAAGACAAGUCAAUUAAAAAAGAUACAGAAACAAUAAUCCAAAAAGACUCAGAAAAUCAACAAAAGUAA